CGCACAUUUAUCAAAACUGAGUUCCGAGAUGAUCAUUGGGCAGUUGUUCGCCAUCUAUUGGGUGGAAUUAUUCUGAAUCCUGAUAUUGAAAGCAGUCUCGUAACAAACUUUUCUUCUGAUGUCAGACAAGAUGAGAAGAAGAAAAUUCUUCACUACAGCAGGAAUGCAUGUAAUGUCAUCAGAUAUACGACGCUGCAACCAACUAACUCGGAUUUGUCUAUUCAACUCCAAUCUCAAUGCUGAACUGGUUCAUAUCCUGAAGUCAAAUUUAGAAGGUUCCUGUUUGAAGAUGAAGCUCCUGGAUCUAAGUCGGAACCAAGUCAGUGACCUCGGAGAUGAAGGAUUAUCUGCAAUCAGUGAUAUUGUUCAUCAAUGUCAGAUUGAAACAUUGGAGAUGACAUAUUCCUCCUCCAACAAAGAUCAGUUGGAAAGAUUCAAAGCAUUGAUUGCUGAUACCGGGGUUAAGUUCAUUGUCUAGUAGAAUCCACAAACAGUGAAUCGAAUAAUCCUUGUCGCAGGGAAUAAGUCAUUCAAGCUUUAAUUUUAUUCAACUGGUUCAUUUUUUAUCAACAAAAAUAGUUUAUUGUAUAAAUUGUCUGUUUAAUCUCCAUACAAGGCUCAAACAAGCAUCCAUUUAUACAUAUGAAUCUGCCACAAUGCUUAAAGAUCAGACACCCUGAACAUAUCAGGACUCGAGUGUGUGAUUUAUACAAUGUUCCCAACUAAAUCUCUCUUCAAGCAUUUCAUUUUGAUUAAAAAUAUUUUACCAUCUUUUACCCUGUUAGCUCACAUCCCCAAGUAAUAGGAUUUGUUUUUGUAUACUAUACAGUCAUAAAGAUUUAAAUUUUUUAAAAUUGCAAAUGGAAUUUAUCGAUACCAUAUAUUGUUUUGGCCUUCACACAGGCGAGCGGGGCCUCUGGUUGAGAUAUAUUGGGAACUGACUUCAUAGCAAAAUUGAAAUUGUGAAGUUACUUUAUGGACACCCUGUAUAUUACUUCAGACCAUUCAAUGCUCGUAUUAAUCACAUUUUCUUCACUUCAGAAAUUUAAUUAAAUAUUUGCAUUUUCUUAUUGCACUGUCAUCAUGAUCAGUAUGUGCUGUAUAUUGAGCUUCAACCACUGCAUGUUUAUUCUCAAUGUUCAAUGGAUUUCACAGACAUUUUUUUGCAUAUUUUACAAUUUUUCAUAUUAUUAUUGAAGUAUGUAUCCAACUAAAUUCCAAGUUUCAAUUUGACUUAAAAUAUCUUUUCAUCAUAUUCACUGUCAAUGGGUUCGCAAAUUGGGAAUGGAUUUUUACUAUUAAUAAAAGUUUGUACAUUUUGUCGA